AUGUUUGCAUCCUUCGCACUGCAUGAACAGGCGAACGCGGUCCCUUCUGUGCAAGAGUCGCAGUCUGCGUCUCCGAACUGGUUCCCUCGCACAGACGUCGGUACUUCCCGGCAGACUGCGCCUCACCCGCGAUGCAACAUCGCUUUCACUGCUACCGAGUCGCCGGCGGACGUUUACAGGCCAGAUGGCACAUUUGAGAACACUGCGCUGAUUUCGGACCCAUCAUCUUCCAGAGCACACAGCCGGUUGAUUAAUUCUCCGGCCUCCCCGUUGUCUCCUAACCCAGGCCCCUCUUCCACCUUGUUUUCGAGGCAGUACACACCACAACUACACCGCCGCGAAAAUGUUCGGCCUUUCGUUGUAAGCGUGUCGUCCCACGACCCCCCAGGAUCAUCUACCGUCAACCAUGGUUACCCUCGCAUCUCUACCCUUGAAAGUGGAAUACUUUCAAGCUUCUCACCGUCUCAAGAUGGCUCGAUAAGCUCUCCUAGUCACCGUCUUCGGACACCUCACCCGGUCUUCCAAUCGACCUCGGACUUAGCUGCUCACCAUGGCAUCCCCCAGUUUUUGCCACCCGUCCCUCGUACAACUCGAUAUCCUUCUGUGCCCUCUACGGCCUCUCGUACAGAACCUGUUCCUGCGUCUAGCUCUACAAACAACUUCGAUUUCGAUACACUCUGCUCGUCUUAUUUGACCAUGUUGUCGCAAAAAUCUGAGGAAAGAGGAUCUGCUGCCCACAGCGCAGAUGUUUCUUCGGAAGCGCCUAAUAACGGUGCGGCGGUUCAGGCGUUAAUGGAAGUCCUGCAAGCCUCGCCUGAGUUCCAGAUGGCGAGCGACUUCAACGACUACUUGACCUCGCCCAUGGAGGACUCGCCCUGGGAUGACCUCCUCACCACGCCUGCCAUCGGUUCCACAGACGUCGCAUCGGACUUCUUGACCAGUCCAGCGAUUGUCGAUGGGGAUGACUUUGACUAUGGUGGCGCACCGCUAUUCGCAGACUCCUUGGGGCUGACGAAUGCGGCCUACGAUUCCCACAAGUCUGUCGACCGUUCUAUCCAUGCAGUGCCUGCGCCUGGCUUUGAUAACAUGUACACUAUGCCCUCACCCUCGACUCCCGCACUAGACCCCGCUUCUCUACAUCCGUCGCCACGAGCACCUUCCAUUCCUCCACCAGCGACGUCAUCUUCAACCUCUCGUCGGCGUAACACUCCGACGGGUACGCGCAAAAAUGUCUCGCCCGAGUCUCUCGUUUCUGUCGACGCCCCCAUUCAGCCACGCAAGUACCUGACGCCGUCUACUACAUCGCGCAAGGAUAUUCCGGCCGUCUUCGCCAGGAAGCGGGCCCGAUCCCAAGCGUUCGGUGACGAUGAUGAUCUGGAUACUGCCGAUCUCCCUCAAUCGGACUUGGAUGCGAUUGAGGCAAAGCGGCGACAAAAUACCCUAGCGGCGCGGCGGAGUCGGAAGCGCAAGCUAGAGUACCAGCGGGAGCUGGAAGUGACAGUUGAGCAGGAGCGGGCGAACAGCGAGAGACUGAGGGCGCAGGUGGCGAUGAUGGAGGCGGUGCUGCGGAGCCACGGGCUCGAAGUGCCAGUCUACAAUCCUUCGUGA